AUGGAAGACUUAGGGAUGAAACAAUAUGUACAAGAGCCAACAAGAGUCACAUAUGGCAGCGAGACUAUGGCCACUAUGGCCUUUGCCAAUAUGGACAUAGAGGUACAGGUCCAACAUACACCGAAAAUAACGGAUCACUCGUGGAUACAAGUCACUCUCAAGGAUACGCACUUAGAAACGGGAGGAAAAGAGUUCAUAGCGAGGGAUUCUAGCAAAUACUCUGAGCUACAUUACAAGAUAGUAUUUGGUGACAUUAUAAAAAUGAAUGAAGUGCGAAGUGGAGACGUACAUGCCAAAGCAAAUAGAUUAGUCAGUAAUAUGAUUAAAGCCUUAGAUCAGGUUGCACCUCGGAAGAAAUUUAAAAUACCUAGUAAAUGGGCAGGUAAGAAAUGGUAUUCUGAAGAAGUAAGGAAAGUAGCAGCGGCAAGAGAUAAGGCAUAUAUCAAAGCGCGAUAUAAAAAAACGGAGGAAAAAUGGUCAGAAUAUAGAGUAGAGAGAAAUAAUUUAGUAAAACUAAUGAGGAAAACGAAAAAGGAUUAUUACGAGAAGGUGAUAGAUGAGAAUAGACAGAACCCUAUAAAAAUCUGGAAAUCUCUUAAAGAAAUCCUGAGGGGGGUGAAUGUAAGCAAAAACGAAGUAGUGGACUUAGACCUAGAGCUUGAUGCAACCAAACUCGAGUCAAAUAUAAGUGUAGCUGAUAAAUUUAAUAUUAAUAUAGUGUAUGAAAAUGAACAAUGGCUCGAUGAGUUCAAACCCAUCGAUAUAGUGGAACUACAGAAGAUAAUAAGUAAAUUACCGAAAAAAACAGGAACGGAAGAAGAAAUAUCCAGUAGUAUAUUAAAAACAGCUAGAGAAAUUAUUCAAGAUGAUUUUAUCGACAUUAUUAACACCUCAUUUAAGGAAGGACAAUGUCCACGUCACUGGAAAACGUCUACCAUAAUACCGAUACCAAAAGUACAGAAACCAAAAAGCGGUAGUGACUUCAGACCAAUCAACAUGUUACCGAUAUACGAAAAAGUACUGGAAAUAGCAGUAAAGGACAGACUAGAAGAACAUCUAGAAGCAAAUAACAUAAUCACGAAACAUCAGUCGCGAUUUCGGAAGAAGCACUCGUGUGAAACGGCAAUUCAAACCGUGGUGAUGAAUGGAAAUCAAAUAUCAGUGAAGGGAAAUAGUAUAUUAAAAACAGCUAGAGAAAUUAUUCAAGAUGAUUUUAUCGACAUUAUUAACACCUCAUUUAAGGAAGGACAAUGUCCACGUCACUGGAAAACGUCUACCAUAAUACCGAUACCAAAAGUACAGAAACCAAAAAGCGGUAGUGACUUCAGACCAAUCAACAUGUUACCGAUAUACGAAAAAGUACUGGAAAUAGCAGUAAAGGACAGACUAGAAGAACAUCUAGAAGCAAAUAACAUAAUCACGAAACAUCAGUCGCGAUUUCGGAAGAAGCACUCGUGUGAAACGGCAAUUCAAACCGUGGUGAUGAAUGGAAAUCAAAUAUCAGUGAAGGGAAAGUAG